GGAAAAUGAAGAAGGAAGUAAAAGGGAUAAAAAUGGAGAAAGAAAAACAGCCGUAAACUGGUAAAAUCCCGGUGGCAGUGCGUUCGUACGACCACCGUCACACUCACUGUCUCAUUCACUCUUCUUUCUCCUUCUCCACAUUCUUCUUUCUCUACGAGCUUCUUUGCUUUCUCCAUUGUUCCAAUACCAACCGCCAUCGAUAACCGUUAACGAACGAAAGAACCAACCAACCCCUUCGAAUUGGGAAAGAGCUUCUACGGCAGCCGCCCAUUUGCCUGUCUAACAUAUAGAAUCCCUCCAUUAUCGCUUUCGAAUUCGAUAUUAUUCCGCCCCUUCUCAGAACCCUAGAAGCUUGCGUAGCGCCCGACGCCCGAACCCCUGCUUGUUUGCUUCUUCCUCUGUGGGGGGUUCAGGGCUGGUUUCGCUUUUGUGAUUGUUUGGUUUCGAUUCCUUGGCGCCAUGAAACGUGGGUACACAGGUUCUCCGUCCAACUCUGGGGGUCCUCCUAAAUCCAGAUUGAAGCACACCACUGAAGGUGAUACCGACUAUUCCGAGGAUGUUGUGCAGAAAGUGGCGGCCCAUUACAGUGCAAGGACAAAUCAGAGUCUGGCAGAGCGAGAAUCGAGUCCAAUUAUCCAUUUAAAGAAACUUAACAACUGGAUAAAAAGUGUCUUAAUCCAACUGUAUACUCGUAGAGGGGAUGCUGUUCUUGAUCUGGCUUGUGGAAAGGGUGGAGAUCUCAUUAAGUGGGAUAAAGCAAAAGUAGGAUAUUAUGUUGGUGUUGACAUCGCUGAAGGCUCGAUCGAAGAUUGUCGGACCCGUUAUAAUGGUGAUGCCAAUCAUCAUCAAAAUCGUAAGAAGUUCUCAUUCCCAGCUCGUUUGAUAUGUGGAGACUGCUAUGAGAUUCGCUUGGACAAGGUCCUUGCUGAUGAUGCCCCUUUUGAUGUCUGCAGCUGUCAGUUUGCCCUACACUAUUCGUGGUCUACUGAGACACGUGCACGGAGAGCUUUGGCCAAUGUCUCGGCCUUACUACGUCCUGGGGGUACUUUCAUUGGAACAAUGCCAGAUGCUAAUGUUAUCAUCAGAAAACUCAGAGCAUCUGAUGGGCUGUCCUUUGGCAAUAGUGUCUACUGGAUUCGUUUUGACGAAGAUUAUGCAGAAAAGCGAUUUAGCUCAUCUUCUCCUUUUGGUAUCAAGUACCAGUUUCACCUAGAGGAUGCUGUCGAUUGUCCAGAAUGGAUUGUGCCUGUUGAUGUCUUUAAAGCGUUGGCAGAUGAGUAUGAUUUAGAGCUAGUAUUUGCGAAGAAUGCACAUGACUUCGUGCAUGAGUACUUAAAGAAACCAGAAUACGUCGACCUAAUGCGGCGGCUUGGUGCUUUGGGGGAUGAUCGAGACAAGAGCACCCUAUCGCCAGAUGAAUGGGAAGUAGCAUACUUGUACCUUGCAUUCGCCUUGAGAAAGAGAGGCCAACCAGAGCGGGGUCAAGUAAAUGGUAGACGAGAUAAAGCAAAGAUGCACAUAUCGAAAGAUGACAUCAUGACCAUUUAGUUUUGCGGAGUGUACAGCAGAUCAAUAAGCAUCACGAGGGGAACUCAACUCCUUGACACCAGUGGCAGUAACUUAGGUUCUCCAUAGCCCGUGCCUAAGCAGAGUCUCUCUAUUCACGAAAACUCUUGAAGAAUCCAAUGCAGCCACUUUCUGCAGUUUUGCCGCGACACGUUCUUUAGAUCGUCAUUUGUACAUGGGUGAUUGUCUACUAGUUUUCUCACGGAUGAAAAGUCAGAAAGACGUAUUAACUCGCACGAAGUUAGUGCACGGUUAAUAGGGCAUUGCUUCGAGUUAAUACCUGAGGUGUACCUGUUGUAGUUCUUACCAGAUUUUCUUUGAAGACAUUCUCAGAACUCAAACUCAGCACAUUUUGAUUAUACUAUAAAGCAAUUCAUUAGAU